AAGUUUUAAAAGAAGAGAGAAAAGUGAAGGCUAAGCAAAACUGAUGUAUAUGCAAUCUCCAAGUAGGAUAUAUGUGACAUGUAGUAUUACUGGUCAUGACCGAUGGGUAACGUUCUUAAUGGCAUCGGUGUCGGUGUUGGAAGUGCCGUUUUGAAACCUCUAGACAUCGCGUUGGGCACAUCGUGCGAACUUACCUGUCAAGGAACAUGGGACAUUAUUUGCUUCAUCAGGCAUUUUUGCAUCUCCAGUCUUGUGAAGAUGGCAUUGGUGAUUCUUCUCAUCUACUUCCUUUUCCAGUUCCUGAUCUUGCUCUGUAGACUGGGGGUCUUCGGCUUUCUUGCAAGGAGCUUGGGCAAAAUGGCACGCGCAUUUUGUGGGACAUACUUCUUUGCAAUCAGAGACAUUUGUGGUUUUCUAUGGUACAAGUUAAAGAACACGAAACGCAUAAAUAGGAGGCGGCGGUUUCAAGACCAUGAUGAGUGCAGUGAGUGUGAGAGCUCAUCAGAUACAUGGUUAGACGCAGGAAAGAGGGCAAAGAAGAAGAGGAGGUCUUUUGGGCCUGAGAGGCAUCCUAAGCGAGCCAGGCAUCAGGCAAAGCGGGGUAAUCGAAAGCACAGAACAAGGGAUGUUAAGUCUUAGAUCAAAGUCUUAUGGAUGAGGAAAUGAGGAGGAUGUUGGUUGUGUUAAUGUGAUUCUGUGUUGUUAUUGUUUGGACUAAGAACAAAAGAAAUUGCUAGUGCGCUCUUUUACUUGAAGAGAAACCUUUGUAUGCAU